AUGAAUAACUCAAAAUGUCAAAGCACCGGAUAUACACCUGCAUAUCUAACUUUUGGUCGAGAAUGUCGCACUAUAGACGACGUCACAAACAACAUAAGAACAAUACAAGAUACAGAAAACUACAUACCACAAAUUGCAGCAAAACUAUCAGAAUUGUCAACAGUACUUCAAAAUGCGAAAGAACAGACCGAGUCCACUCAAGAUCGUAAUAAGGCCUACGUCGAUACAAAAAGACGCCCACAAGUAGAGAUCAGAGAGGGAGAUGAGGUCCUGGUUACAACUCACAUACUAAGUCAAGCGGCGAAAAACAUUACUGCAAAGUUCGUUCCAAAGCGGGACGGCCCAUAUGUCGUUGUUGGUAAAGUCGGAUCAUCUUCUUUCCAAAUUGCUAACAAAGAUGACCUUAUGCUUCCGGUUGGCACGUAUCAUGUGUCGGCCCUAACCAAGAUAAAUCAAGAGAAGACAACUACUGCUGAGCCUAUCCAUCGAUUGCGCAAAAGAGGACGCCCCAAAAAGCGCUACUAA